CUUCGAUCGAGUCAAAGUGUAAACAAUGAUUUUGAAGCUAGUUGCUCUAGAUCACGACUGUGAUUGGCUGCUUCCAGGAAAAGGCUGCGUGGAAAAACAUUAAGUGUUCACGCGUAAGAAGCAACUGCAUGGUGAUUUGCAAACCUUGUGACAGGUUGCAAUAAAAGAGGAAAAUCAAGUGAGCUACUUCAGUAUUAUCAUUAAUGCUUCAGCAGCCGAGAUGGAGCUAAGCACUUCAGGUCGUCACGAUCAAACGGCUACCCAAAUCCAAAUCAGACGGAGAGUCUAUGAUGAAUAUCUUCUUAAGACAGUUGACACGGCAAGGGAUGGAGGUUUGAAGCACCAACUACACACUCUUUACACAAGACUCUCUUCGUGUUCUUGUUCUUGGCAUGUGGUUUCGCGUUUCCUCGUUAGCCUCGCCCCGAUUUUUCAAUGGCUACCAAAGUACAGCAUAAAAGAGAAUCUGGUGAAAGAUUUGAGCGGUGGGCUAACAGUUGGAAUAAUGCAUAUCCCUCAAGGUGAUUAGUGUAUAGUAACACAUGAAAAGUCUUUUGCUGUGGUUAUGACAAACUUUCGAGUUUUAGUUAUUUUAGUUAUUUUUUGAAUUUCCACUGUAAGCCGGUCUUGUUUACCUUUUUUAAAUUACGUAAUUACUUAAUUAAUUAACAUUGUUCAUUUAUGAGGGCCCCACUAAGAUCCGCCAGGGCGAGUUGGGCUCCCUCUUUAAAUAUGGUUAUUAUUAUUAUUAUUAUUUUAAUAACUAUAAUAUAAAUGACUCGUGGGUUCAAACCUUUCACUGAAUUAUAACUGUGUACAUCUAGUAUUUCCUAAAUCUUUGCNGGGGUAUCGCAAGUCUCAAAGUUCAGUUUAAAGAAUAAGACUGCUGAAAUGUAUUCGAUUACUUUUUUCAUGUUCCAGAUAGUUUGCUGCUAAAGGUUAAAGUCCAGAAAUUAUAGCAAAGCAGUUGUUAGUAUGACGAUCAUGAUAAGUUACUUAAAAAAAAAAAAGAUAAAAGGGCUUGAGAAGCGUGUUAAGGCAUGACACAGACUGCCGGCAAAAUUUGCACGAGAUUUAAGCCGGCCAUGUGCACAAUAUAUAUACCGGAAAGCUUUUGCGCCAGCACGAGAGCCGUACCGGAUAUCAGGGCUUCUGUUUCAUACAUACGGACGGUGAUUUCGGCGCCAUUUCUGUAACGAAGGGAAGUUGCACCGCGCCGAUCUCUAAAGUGGAGAGUCACAUAUCGGAUAGGUGUUCAUUCUAUACCCAAUAGUAUCAAAAUAGCCUAACAGGAAAGAGUCAACCCUUGUUUUAGAGAGAUUUUACCCAGGCCAAACGAAAACAGAACGUUACAGUGUACGAAGCUAAAGUUGAAAAUGAGUCAGUGCUAUACUCCGCUCUUUCUAUGAAAACUACACGGUCUACACGGGUUUUAUAGCACAAUUCAAUGAGUAGAAACAAGUAAAAGUAGUCACAUGUUUGUGUGUCGUUGAUUUUGUUUAUCGGUGGUGUGUGGUGCCUGAAGGAAAAAUAAUGAUAGUCACGCGAUUUUUUAAGGAGAAACGGCUACAGACUUUCAAGGGCUCAAGGCUAAGAGAACUAUGGUUUUUCUUUGGGAAAAAGAAAAUUUCGUUUUAUUUUGUCCGGUAGUAUAAGCUUAACUAUUGUGUUUCGUUUAGCUUUCAACAGGAUUUGUCUGGCUAUUUUUUCUUUAAAUCUUAUUGAGUAUAGUGAACACCCGCGAAUAAGAACCUAGUGGAUUAAGAACCUCCUGGCAGAAAUUUGCCACUUAAAUACCCAAUAAUACAAGAAACUGAUUAACCAAGCAAGAUCAAGCAGGUCCUUAUAUGUAGGUUACAGUUAAAUUAUCAUAAAUAAUUUAACCAAGGAGUGUUACUUUGAGAUUGUAAACUUAGACUCUUUGGAUAUAGAGUGAAUCUUUCAACGCUAAGAAGUCUUUUUUUAAUUUCCUUGUAAGAACCAAUAAAACAGUUGUUAAGGAGAAACAAAAAGCAAACUGCGGUGAUAAGCCUGGUUUUCACUAGCGCAUAAGCAUUAGAACAUACGCACGCGCAGAAUGGCAUAUUUGACUCUGUUCUCGAUACAAGCUCUCCUCAACCAACAAGGUGGCGGACGAAGCGUCGGCCAUAUUGUAUUUGAUAUGUUGACAUGAGGUCAAGCUCAAAGUGACCUAAGAUUGGUCCACGGCCUUGUGCUAUGUCGACCCAGUUUUCAUUAGUCAAAGCUACAAGCAUAAGCACAAGUACAAGAGCAAACUUGUCCGUUUUGCUUGUGCCUAUGCUUAUGCUUAUGUCGACCCAGUUUUCAGUUGCUUACACAUGUGCUUGUCCUUAUGCUUAUACGCUAGUAAAAACCAGGCUGAUCUUCGGGUUUUUUUCCAAAGCAUAGAUCGUAUUAAGUCUCUUUUUCCCUACGAAGACAGGCUCACCCGUGCUCAAAUGUCCAGGGUUGUUUAUAAAGCUAGUUGUUGGGACUUGCAGGAUUUGUACAUAGGCAUAUGUCAUCUAUCGUUUCUUUUAUUAGUUAUUUAUUCUACAUUCAAACUUCUGUUGUUAUUCAACAGUUAAUUACUUCUGAAGAUAUAUGUUGGAACAUAAGAAACCGGUGAAGAUAAAGUUUUAGUUCUUUCCAGAAAUGCGUUAAUAUUUCCUUAUAUUUAUCACCGCAGUUUGCUUUUUGUUUCUUCUUAAGCUAAGAUGGCCAAAAACCAGCGUAUCUACGAUUAAGGUAGUUGUUAUACUGAAUAAUCUUUGUUUUUUAAGGUCUGGCUUUUGCAAUGUUGGCAUCUCUUCCUCCUGUUACUGGACUUUACACCGCAAUCAUUCCUGUCCUACUUUACAUGAUCAUGGGAACAUCAAGAACUCUGUCCGUAGGUAAGUUACCUAAAUAGACCCAAAAGACCUAUUGUUAUUUAAUGACCUUUGUGCAGUUUGUACAAAUGUAAUUGGGUACCCUGUGCACCAUCUCUUGAGUGCAAAAGUCAAAUUUUAAGGAAAAUUAGAUUUAGAGUUAUAAUAUCAUUCAUUAAUAAGCCUCUUGUUUUCUUUUGCCGUCUCGUGACAGGUAGUUUCGCAGUGAUUUGUCUGAUGGUGGCACAAGUCUGUGAGCGUGAAGUGGCUUUAAUGUCUUUUGACCCUACUCCUACUCCAGGAAAUAGUACGGGUCCCAGUCCCUCUCCAACUCCCAGCAGCAGCUUAUGGACCCCAAAAGACGCAGCCAAACUAGAAAUUGCCAUAACGCUGUCGUUCCUUAUAGGAAUCAUACAGGUUAGUAGCGCGAUUCUACAAUAGAAUGAGGAAAAAAGGAAGACCCGAUAGUCUGAAAUGUCAGUCACAAAUAAAACCGUAAAUCGAAUGGGAUUGAGUCUACCGGCAUUGACAAAACAAAAACUAUUCUCCGAGGUUAGAAAAAAGGCCUUGAGGAGAGAUUUACCUCAAUUUGAAAUGUAAAAAAAUCUAUCUUAUCAUAACAUAACUCCGUAUCACAGUUUCCAAUCUCGUUCCCAGAGACUGCUAUCCUUUUGGUCAGCACUAACAGUUCCGCUGGACACGGCUAACGAAGGCUCUGGCCCAGGUCAUUUUUUUCCACAACACCCGACUACCUUGCGCCCUCACCUAGAAAUGUGCACGCUAGUCAGAACAAGGCGGGGGGGGGAGGGGUGGGGAGGCUUGCCCUAAGAAUCUCCCUUAGACAUUCCUUUGUUUAAAACACUGCGUUAAUUUCAAACCCUCUUGCGGACGAAGCAAGACUUCUUUUUCCUCCUUUAAAUCCUUGGAAGAAAAGAAGAGACCUCUUCACGCAGGGUUGAUUUUCCUGUUGGUUUUCUAACCUUAGAUUGUCAUGGGAGCUGUUCACCUGGGUGUUGUGGCAACGUACUUGUCCGAUCCUUUGAUCAGCGGUUUCACCACAGGGUCAGCGGUGUUGGUUGUAAUCAGCCAAAUGAAGCACAUUCUUGGUGUCAAGGUGCCGCAGUUUGCAAAACCAUUCGUUGCACCAAAGGUGAGACUAGAAGUCGUUCUGACUCUUCUGACGAGAGACUGGAAACUAGACGCAUUUUUAGUAAAAAGAUUAUAAUAUGUAUGAUUCGAAGAGGACCAACCACUACGCUUGAGCUAAACAAGCCUCCACUGUUUUAAGAAAUUAAUUGUUAAAAGUUAGAUGCAUUUUCAAAACAGCUAUAGCUUGCAAAACUACCAUAAUUCAUUCGUUUUUGCUUUCGUUUUUAAAUUUGUCAAUCCUACCGAGGUUUAAAAACAAUAGCCCUAAUAGACCAUUUUACAGUGGUGGACUUAGUACCCUAGUCUUCGAGUGAAUGCGAGGCUGACGGUGACCUUGUUUUGAUACAAACCUUCUUUGCUUUGUUAUGGAAAUUGUCCUUGAAAAAUACUAGUUAGCAUAAGAAUAACUUGAUUUACAUUAAAAAGCAGGAAGGUUUGUACCAAAACAAGGUGAACUCCAAUCUCGCCUCCAUCCAUAAAUGCCAAAUGGCCUAUUUGCACAAGAAAACAACAAACUGAAGGAUUCUGGGAGCUGUAGUAAAAUAACAGAGAAAGGUUGGUUCUUAACAAUACGGCGUGCAGUGACGUCAUUAAAAUUCAAAAUGGUGCGCGCAUGACGCGAACUAUGGAUACGAUUUCACUAUAACAUCAGUGCAGUCUGUCCCCUGAUUUCUGCUGACUUCAAUGAAUGUUUGACUUUAACUUUUGUGUCUUUCAGGGCGUCAUCCAUAUGCUAAAGAAUCUCCCUCAUGCGAAUGUUGGUUCCAUUAUAACCGGCGUGUUGUGUCUCGCAGUGUUAAUUGGGCUAAAACACGUGAACGAACGCUUCAAAAACAAGCUCAAAGUUCCUAUACCAGGCGAACUGCUUGUGGUCAGUGUUAAACUCCCAUAAUCUCUUUAUAACCCUUUAAGCCCCAGUAUCCACAUACAAAUUCUCCAAACUGAUCUCUAUACAUUUCCUUCAAGAAUAAGUUGAGAGAAUUUGAUAUAAGAUCAAGGCAUUUUCCCCUAGGUGAUCAUUUUAUUAAUUCACCUGAAUUUUUUUAUUGAUUUAAUUUGCCUGACUGACGAUUCUUCCUUCCUGUCACACACCCGUCAUUUGUAACACAAGAACAAAGUUAUGUUCUGAGAGCGACACUCGGUGAAAUGCGAAACGACUGUGCAUGUUGGACGAAACAACUAUAUUGUAACCUCUAUUAAGCGGCCGCCCUCUGUUAAGCGGCCAGUAAUCAAAGUCCCGAAAUUAUUGUAGAAAAGAUUGGGAACUUAAGUCUGGCUUGAUUUCAAGAAUAUGAUGAAGGGAAAAACAGUCUGAGAUAGAAAGUGACAACCAAUUCUGGACCAGUGAUGCUUCUUUCGUCGCGCUUUUGUCUGAGAAUAAUGUGACGUUUCUACUAAAGAUUAUACUGAUUUAUGACGAACCUCUAUUGAGAGGCCACUUGCCAGUACUCCGAACGUGGCCGCUUAAUGAAGGUACGGUUUAAUUGUAAUUGCAGAUAGCCGACAUGCAGAUAUUGUUUUCUGAAGGUUGUUGAAAAAGGUCUUUUAUUUCUCUUUUACUUCCUUCCCUAGGUGGUCGUGGGUACUGCAAUCUCAUAUGGAGCAGCAAUCAACAAAAACUUCGGAGUGUCUAUCUUAGGUUUUAUACCAAAGGGGUAAGCCAUAGUUAAAGCAUCAACAACAGCCCAAUUUUUUUUCAAAAUCAACUUGCAAAAAAAGUCCGUUUCACAGCUGACCCAAAACUGUAUCUAAAUUUUAAAAACAAACAUUUUCCAGGAAAAUGACGCAAUAUUUAAAACUGGAAUACCGUUCAAAUCAAAUUUUGUUUAGAUGGCUGGCAAAAAUUUUCAGAAUUUUUGAGUACUUUCAUUUUGAGUGGUCAAUAUGUCUGCUACACCUUUUCAGUUCAUGUACAAUUAAUGGCAUCAAACAGACGCCGCAGAUUACUAGUAAACAAGUUAUAUUCAUUAUUUAAACGAAAAAGGUUGCCAUAGCGACAGUAGUAAAAUUUAAUUUUGGCGUUAAGUGUUAAUAACUCACAAAAGAAUUCGGUGCUCCCGUUUUUAAUGAGAACGUUUUAUUCAGCAUAUCCAAAAUCAACUUAUAAAAAGUUCACAAAAUCGUAAGGAGCGGGUUCAGAGCACCCUUAAGCUUCUUUUUUCCCAAAAAAUUCAGCGAUUGUGCAACAAGCAAGCGCGGGGAAUAUCGCCUCUUAGGCGAAGAAGCGACCCUGACAUACUCAUAGCCUAACAGUAUCUUUUUUUUCUUAAUUUCAGUCUUCCCCCGCUGAGCGUGCCCAAUUUCUCUCUGGUGUCCAACAUCUUCUCAGAUGCCUUUGUCAUCGCAGUGGUUAUCUUUGCUACAAACAUUUCGAUUUCUAAAAUGUUUGCCAAGAAACAUGGCUAUUUAGUGGAUCCAAAUCAGGUAAAUAUAAUAAGCCACCGUACACUUCUAUCCAAGCCAUUAAUUUUCUUUUUUCCUUCUUCUUCUUCUUUAUUAGUGUAUUCCUACCUUACUAUAUAUAAUGUAAAUAUUUUACAGAAGUGUGAAUAAAAUUGAAUUGAAUUGAAUUGAAUUGAAUUCUCGGUAAUCCCGAGUUCAAAUCCUCAGUUGUCCACGCUUGUAAAUAACCAACUGGUUUGCCGCCAACCAGUUGUGAUUCUUAACCCUAUUAUGUUCGAUUUAAAUUACUUGUUUCAGUCAUUUGCUCGGCCCAACUAGCAUUAGUGCUAUAAAUACUGCCGAGGGUAAAUAACGGAAAUUAUUUUCUUUUAGUUUUUCGAGAGUCAGAUAGAGUCAGUUCGUUAAAAACCCAUCCGGCUGAAGCUCAUUAUGCUUAGCCUGGGCUGAACUGAUCUGGCUGGACUGACUGAUUAAUAGUCGUAGACGUCCCUUUAACACUGGACUGGUCUUGCAGACCAGUUCUGACAAAUGGUACGCGCUGCAUUAUCGGUGCGCUUGGACAUGCUCACUCCAUAUUAACGCCGAAGGCCGCGCUUAUUUACAGGGCUAAUGAAAUCCAUUUUUGAAAGUUCUCUUAUAUCUACGCCAUAUCGACUUGUUUCCUCCCAGGAGCUGAUAGCGUAUGGUGCGGGUAACUUCGUAGGUUCAUUCUUCUCUUGUUUUCCGAUUUGCAACGCUUUGGCGAGGUCAGUGGUUGAAGAUAACCUCGCCGUCACACAGGUAACUAUUUUUAUUGACCACAAAAUAACAACAUCUAUAAACAGCAUAUAAUAAAAAUAAAUAAAUAACAAAACUAUUUACAGCCUUUACACGAAGUUUACAAGAAGCUCAUACACAAAAAAUUUAUAUAAAGAUAAAGUAAAUUUUAAAAAAAGUAUUAGAGAAUAAUAAAAGCCUGCAAAGUCGCCACGCAUAUUUAAUAUUGCUUAUUGAAAUGCUUACAGGCAUAGGUUGGUUCUGGUUGUAGAUGUUUUAAACGUGGAUGUUGUUAUCCACAGGCACGGGACAAAGGUUUACCCCGUUGAUAGAGCAAUUGGGUUUCUCAAUGUUUAUCCGCCGUAUAGUGUAUAGUAUCACUAAAGUAUAUUCUAUUCCACAGCUUUGCAGCAUAGUUGUGAUCGUCCUGAUUCUUCUGGUGCUGCUGUUUAUUGCCCCACUUUUCUUCCAUCUUCCCAAGGUAACGAAGGACUAAGUUCAUUUGCAAUCACCCUUUAGCGCCGGUUUAUCAGUGUGUUCUUAUACAGUUAUUGUAUCCUUUAUCCUGUUUCAGGCCAUCCUAGCUGCUGUUGUCAUCGCCAACCUUGUUGGUCUGCUGAAGCAAUUUUCCAGAUUUCCAGUUUUGUGGAGAAUAGAUAAACCAGACGCGGUGAGAUUUGGGUCACUAAAAAAUAAUCAUUACGAAACAAAGCCAGUGUAUCCAAGGAUCUCUAAGCAUUUGUAGUUAUUUGAGAAAGUGCAUCUUGUGGGAAGGCAGGAACCCUUUAGCAGGAUCGUGCAACUCCCCGCCAUACUUAGCCUAUACAAGGGCAUUUUCACAGAUCAGCUUAUUUUUAGCAACAUUUGGAGCGCUCUUUCCCACGAAAAUGGAAACACCGCUCUGUUUGAUUGUGCAUCCGUAAUAUGAUAUAUAUGAAAAAAUGAAACGUUAAUGUCUUUAAAACAUCAGAAAUACUAUUUUUGGCCUCUGGUUUUAAAGGUACCCAUCAGCUUACUCUUGAUAUUCUAAAAAGGUUACAACAAUGCACUAUGUAUUUAUGUUAACGAUACAUGGGGCGUUCCCGCGCGUAUGUAAGGGAACUGCGAGUUUACUUUGAACAUAUCCCUGGAGCGGUCUUAAAAAGUAUUUAAAUCGUAGUGGGCUACAUUUAUAUCACUAAAGCUUACCAUAACGCGCGUAUGUGGAGCGUGCUCUCGGCGUACUGUGAGCUUACUGUUAAUGUCGGCUGGUGCUUUCUAUAGGAUGCUUACUAAAACACCUUUAACAUAUAAGUACUCUAAUGGCCGUACUAAGGUGCGCUAGGUGAUUAUUUCAACAUAGUACGUGGAUUCAAAGAAGCAGUGAAAUCGUAUUGCAGGGAGUUCAUAAAUUUCGCAACCCAUCUAUGCAAACAAAUGCCUGACGAUUUGUUUAUUUUCAGAUUGUCUGGUUCGUUUCUUGUUUUGGAGUCAUAUUGAUGGGAGUGGAUGUAGGACUUGGUAUCGGGCUCAUUUGUGCACUGUUUGUUGUUGUUGUAGUCCUUUCCAGGUAAGUAAACAAUCGGAAAAGGAAUUAGUAAGUCAAUCGAACAAACUGAGAGAAUUAACUAUCUAUCAGUUCCGUCAGAAUGCGAGAAACCUGUCGCUUAGUUCUGUGAAUCUUCCUGUCUUCCCAUUUGUCAGUCUGUCGUGUUCCUGGAUUUCAAUCAGUUCUUUAUACUGACUGUCUCUUUUGUCCGACCGAGUCCGUAAAACCAGUCAGUCAGCCCUACCAUCAAUAGACCAGUUGGUCUAUUACUUGAUACAGACUGCCUUAGUUUCGCGGUUCGCGUUCUGUACCCUUCCCUUCUUCCUCGCGCGCUCGAGAUCCUAACCUUAGCUUUCCCUUUUGACCGCCUGCCACGCAAGUGAGUCUUGAUUGGCUACCCGAGCAGACAAGAUGGCGGGAUCUAUGUUGCCUGCUUUGUCCCCUUCUUUUGCCCAUUUAGUAAAUCCUUAAUUGACCAAUUUUUCUCGGUCAAGAUAUCCGGAAAUUGGCCUUCUCCUAAUUUUUACAUACUUAUGGGCAGCUGUAAAAACGAAAAACAAAGAAAACGUUCACGCUUGUCAAAUAACAUAUUUUGUUGUUCUCAGGUCAAACUAUGCUAUACUUGGACGCGUGACAGAAACAGAAUUGUACCGUGAUACUGGAAACUGUCCUUUGGUACGUCUGUUAAGAUAAGAACGAUCCUUACCUAACCCCCGAUUAUUACUUUGUUAGUGUUGUUCCCUACACUUUGUAACAAUAGAAGAGACGGCAAAUAGUAAAUGUAAAACAGUUUUAAGUUGCAAGUGUAAGAAUAUUCUUUAAACAGCUCGUUCAGUCCGGAGGGCGUAUCUUAAUUAUGUUGUUUUUCUCUGAAGGCCACGGAGGUAUCUGGAAUAAAGGUGCUUAGAUUUGAGUCCACGUUGUACUUCGGUAAUGUGGAGCGCUUCAGGAAUGCCCUUUAUACGGUUACCGGACUAGAUCCCAACACUGAAGGACAACCAAAAUUAGAGGUAAGACUGCCAGCGGGCCUGCUUAAAUUUUAAUACAGCAUACCGUAAAUGAUCCCGUUGAAGUCUCCUCUCAAAUAAACUCCUCUUGUCUACUUGUAAUAAACGCCUCCCCUACGAUGUGAAGUUGGUAUUAGACCAGCUCCUCUCUGAGAAACGCCCCCUGUCAAGAGAGAAGCUCAUUCUCUCUUGCCCCUGUCUAAUAGACGCUCCCCUACCCUUCGAAAAUUACUACAAAAUACUGGGAAAUAGAAAAAGGAGAAAAAUCGUUCAAUUUAUUCAGUUUCCUGCUUUAACGAGGGUUUGUGUAUUGCAUCUUGUUCUAUCUCAGCUUUAAUGUCAUUAGGAAUGGCUAACGAUGACAACACAAUGACCCUGAACGACGAUUCUGAAAUCGGAUUUGAGAUUUGAAUGAUAAUGGGUGGACUGGAUAUUCUACUAUUUGUUAACCCUUUUAGUAUUUUCGCUGAAAGAACGCUAUUCACAGUUAUGGUAAUAAACGCCCUUCUCUUUUGAACGCCACCUAUCUAUUAAACAGCGACAUCCCCUUGAACCCUCAAAUUUCAGUAAAUAAAAUCCCGGGUGUCUACUAGAUCAUUUACGGUAUAUCCAAUUAAAAUUGAAACGAUUUUGUUGGUCAUAAGUUUUCUUUAGAAAAUGUUCCCCAGACUGGUCCAGCAAAUCGUAAUGUGUACAUCGGGCACAACGUAGCAUGAACCGGUCUUGUAAAGCGAUAUUACGCCCGCUCUAAUUGUUCACCCAGCCUGUUGUUUGUUUGUUUGUUUGUUUUUUACUGGUGAAAAAUUUAUAGAAAACUUCUUAGUCAGAAAACUUUUCUCUGCUUCUGUUAUCAAUUUCGCGUGGGUUUAUUGCGCCCCUAUUAAACCAUGAUGAAAAGUUAUGUAUAUUGCUUGACUGGUCCGUGAUUGUUCUAUAAACAGAAAAUAAACGACAACAACGGCCAUAUGGCAGUCGAGGUCGAGACGUCGGAGAAACGAAUUCACACAGUUAUAAUUGAUGGUAGCAGCUUCACCUUCAUUGAUUCAAUGGCUUUGCACGCUAUUCCAUCGGUGAGUAUAUCUUUGCAUCUGAAAAGUGCAUCUUGUCUUACUUCCAGUCCACUUUCAAAAACCACUUUUGUAGUCGCGUUGCUGGCGGGAAUUCGAGUGCGAGAGUUUUGCUCGAACACGGGUAGCUACGUGGGGACUUCAAGUCGCCGAUGGCGGAAAAUUCCCUCGCGAGGCGCUUGCACAGGCGAAAAAACUUCCACCUGGAGUCCCCAGCUCCCGUUUUGUACCAUACGCAAGGUGACAUCGUAUUUGGGACCAUUAAAAAUUUGGCCAUUUGUUUUUAAUUACCCCCUUUUAUUGUGUAGUGCUUUUUUUUAAAUCAUCCCUUAUCCGCCAAAUAUUCAAUCUUAACGCCCUCUCAUCCAGUCGACACGUUAGUCCAUCUACUCGCUUUUGUUGAUGUUCUGUACAAUAAAGUAACCUCUACCCUCUCUUCUGUUUCAGCUAAUGUCAGAGUUUAAAAAGCUUGGAGUUGAUAUUUACCUGGCUGGCUGUUCCUGUAAGUACUUCUUAUAAAUUUCUCAGGCACAUCAUUUGAACUAAAACCAAAAUUAAUACAUGCCGCCAGUGCCAAGCACGCCGAGAAACUCAGUAGAAGCGAAGGAGGAUGUUAAAGGCUAAUACUUUGUUCCUGCCACUGAAUAUUCAGUCAGACUUUCCACUUGGUAGUGCAAUUGGCUUUCGGCCUAACUCUUAUCCGCUGAAUAGCGCUAUCCAGGUUUCACUCUUGAACAAACGUGGCGUUUUUGAUGACGUACGAAAUGUAUGGCUUAGAAUCUCUAAGCAAACUUUGUGAUCUUCCACGUGUUACAACCCCCUUUAAACUGUAAAGAAGGUCUUUUCGUUAUCUACUUCAUCGCUUUAUUUAUUUUCUCUUUUGUAAUUUAUUUUUAUUGCUUUGUUGCAGCGACUCUAACCAGAAAACUCACAAAUUCAUCUGAAAAGUCUGCGAUUACAGCAGUUGAUCAUCACGCACUGUUCCCAUCUAUACACGACGCUGUGAUGUCAGCCAUGCAGUCACGUUAAUGCUGUGCAACAUCGUUCCCAGGGCCCCCAGCGCCACUCUCCUUUGUCCUUUGCAAAAAAAGUAGAGAUACUGGGAAUGAGCGUUAUUUUACAGCACUCAGUUUAUUAAGGGAACGCUCGUAGUUCAUUAGGUAGCGCGCUAUGGCGAUUUUGCAGUGUGAAAGAAUAUUACAUGGGUGCCCCUCACUCAACCAACGAUACUUUUCUGUACAAAUUAUAUAGCAUAAUGUGCGUCUUUUCGAAACAUUUCAGUAGAUUUUCAAACCCUUUCAUACACUUUAACUCAUGCCGAAUUCCCUACCCUUUGAUUUUACCUUAAGCCUGAAAAAGGUACCCCUUUCGGGCGGAGCCUCCCCGUAUAGGUCAUUAUAGGAGGUGCCCCCCGGGGGGUUUAGCCUCCCGAGCAGACGCUUCUGCCGAUCGGAAUGAAUGGCGAAGCCCUAAGAACGUCUUUUUAGAAGGCUAUCUAAGAUUCAUGUUAUUGUUUGUCUGUUUGUUUUUUCAUCCCAUGGCAUUUCAAGGUUUUCAAAGAGGCAACGACACUUUCUUACUUCGCCAUGGUAUUUUGAGUGUUUUUCUUUAUUUGAAUGUACUGAGAGGGCAUCACUAUAUACAUUUAGGAAGGUUAAGCCCCUGGUGAACCCAUUCCUAUCAGAAAGCUUUUUAAUAUAUUAUAAAUUAAGUAGGAAGUACCGUGUGUAAUGUAUUGAGAUAUUUCUACUGGAAGUCUGGAUAUUUUGAGCUUGAUUUGAAUCAUGGGAUAUUGUAGAGCAUGCUUGCCGAUUAUCAUGGAGUUUUGAUUAAAGUUUGAUACGCUUGAUUUCGUGUCUCAAGUGCCAUCCUUGCGGAUCAUUACACCUUGAAGUUUCUCCCACUUUUUCGAUGCUGGAAGUAUGAGUUGUGAUAGCACAAUUUUCGGCAAAAUUCAUCCUUGCGAUAAUGCCUUCCAUCAUUUUCCCGAAAAAAGCGCUUUUGACAUAUUAUGUAUUUUUGGCUCCUUUUGUAUUUCAAAAUAGGUCAUUUAUUGAUCGAUACUACCAUUAUUUUGGCACGAGAUCAGCAUAAUUUGUCCGGAAGUAUGUAAUGAAGUAUGUGCAAUUUAACCUUUUGUUUCUAAUAUUAAAUUUGUUGACUUCAGGUAUAUUUGUAGUGUCUGAAUAUUUGACCGAAAUGUUACGUGGUUGUUUUCUGCAUUUGUGCUAAUAUCAGCAAUUUCGAAAAAAGCUAGCAUAUCAGGUUUUGGAAUAACUAAUGCUCAUAACUUUCUGAAAUGAUUUCAGAAAAUUCUAAUGAGCACUGCUAGUAUAGUGGCAUAUUGUGCUCCUUUACGAGCACAAUUUAAUGAAGCUUAGCUAUGUAGAUAAACCCUUUGAUCCACAAAAUGGCCUUUGAACAACUUAUAAUAAAACAAUAGAGUUUAUGGUAGCAGGGCCAAAACAUAUUUAUGCCCAAGAAUAUAUUUAUGCCCAAGAGCACAGACUCUACAACUAUUAUUAUCACUUUGAAGGGCAUUGAGAAAAUAAAGACUUCUC